CGUGCAAUGAACAAAUUAUAACUAUUUUAACUGAUAUAAAAAAGAAAUUAUAUUUAAAAUCAAGUAAUUUAACAUUUUACAAUGAUAAAAACAUUUAUAUUUUUUGACAUUGAGACAACCGGUCUUAUUCAAGGGAAUGAAUUUCCUAAAAUAACAGAAUUUUCAUUUGUAGCUGUAACUCGAGAUAAUAUAUCUCUUGUUCAAAAUGAAGUUCCAAGAGUUUUACAAACUCUUACUGUACCGAUUAAUCCUAAUCGAUUAAUACCUCAUAAAGUAGAAACUUUAACAGAUUUAAAUAACAAGUGUCUACAAAAUGUAUCUUUAUUCGAUCACAACAUAUAUAAUUUGAUCACUAGUUUUCUUGAUACAUUAAUGAAACCAAUAUGUUUUGUGGCACAUAAUGGAAAGGCAUUUGAUUACCCAAUUUUGAUGUCUGAAUUGAAGUGCAUUGAUAAGUAUUUAGCAGAAGACAUUCUAUGUGUAGACACGUUACAUUUAUUCAAAGAUUACUUUACGAAAGGCAAUCAUAACCAAGAAGCCGAUGUCUUAAUAUUGGACGAACAUGGCAAAAAUAUUAAUAUAAAUCAAAAACCAUGUAAUUUUAAAUUAAUAACAAUAUAUGAACACUUGUUAAAAGAGCCAGUAACCAAUAGUCAUGAUGCACAAAGUGAUUGUAUUAAUAUGUUAAAAUGCGCUUCUUGUAUCAAAGAAUAUUUUGUAGAAUGGUGUGAUAGUAAUGCGGAACCAUUAUUGAAAAUGAAAAAAAAUACUUAAUUAUUCUUGAAGUGAUAAUAAAAUAUAUAUUUAUCUAG